AGAACCUGUAGUUGGAAAGGGGACUGAGUGACUGCUGGACUUUGUAUGAAAACACCAACUUGGGACAGACCUUCAGUCAAGGCUGAGACAGGGGUCCGGUGGGGUCUUUAAAGAGUUUUGCCUUUAACUUGGAUCAUGAUUGGCUCACAGGCUAGAGCAAGAGAUAGAGAAGAGGCUGAGGAUAGCCUGAAAGCUCAAAUCAGUGGCCCUGAGAAUGCUAGAAUGAAGACGCAGCCCAAGGCAGUGGUUGAGGCAGAACCAAAAGCAGAAUUAGUAACCCAGGCCAAAGCUGGUGAUGGAGCAAUAGCCAGGACUCAAACAGUGACCUACACUGAGCCUGUGGCUGUGACAAGGGAAGCAAGCAAAACGAAAGAUAUGACUAAUACUAGUCUCACAGCUGAGACUAAGGCAGAACUCCUGGCAGAGCCUGGUAUAGUGCCUCAAACCAAGUCAAAGGCCACCCCUGUUUCUAGGGUUAGUUUGGUAACUAACUCUGAGGUAAAAGAUUGUGCAGACAGUGAGGCAAACAUCAAGUCUUCUGCCAAGGCUGAUGAUAAGGCCAAUAUUGGGUUUAGGCCUGAGAUAAAGGAAGAAACCAGCAACAAGUCCAGGGCUGGGAACAAAACUGGUAUUGAGAUCAAGUUCACUGAUGAGGAUGAAGAAAAUGUCUGCUCCUGGUUCUGGAAUGGAGAAGAGCCUAGUGUAGGAUCUUGGUUCUGGCCUAAAGAAGAAACCCCUCCUCAAGUUUAUAAACCCCCACCUAAGAUACAGGAAGAGCCCAAGCCCACAUACAGCCCCAAACUUACUACAAAACAAAAAGCAAAAGCCUGGUUAAGGGCCAGGUAUAUUGUCCUAGUCCCAGUUGAGGGAGGGGAACCAACAUUGCCUCCAGAAGGCAACUGGACCUUGGUUGCAACCUUGAUUGAAACUCCUCUGGGGAUUCGGCCUCUGACCAAGAUUCCACCUUAUAAUGGGCCUUACUUCCAGACCUUAGCUGAGAUCAAAAAACAGAUAAGGCAGAGGGAAAAAUAUGGGCCUAAUCCAAAGGCCUGCCGCUGCAAAUCACGUACCUUUAGUUUAGAGCCUAAAGAAUUUGAUAAACUUGUUGACCUACUUAAGUUAACUAAGGAUCCUUUCAUUCAUGAAAUAGCUACUAUGGUAAUGGGUAUCAGUCCUGCUUACCCAUUUACUCAAGAUAUAAUUCAUGAUGUUGGUAUUACUGUUAUGAUUGAAAACUUGGUCAAUAAUCCCAAUGUUAAAGAACACCCUAAAGCUUUAAAUAUGGUAAAUGAAACCUCUGAGUCUUCUGAAGAACCAAAAAUGGAAGAAUCAUAUAUACAUCAAAUUUGUAAGGACAUAAUCUGUUAUCCUUUGAAUUCCCCUGUGCAACUGGCUGGACUGAAAUUAUUGGUGCAAUUGAGUGUGAAAUUUGAGAAUCACCACAUGAUUGCCAGUUAUAUUCUAGAGUUCCUCACAUUAUUGAACAAAGGAAGUGUCAAAACCAAGUUUUAUGCUUUAAAAGUGUUUUUGUGCUUGUCUAAAAAUCAAGCCAAUACAAGAGAACUGAUAAGUGCCGAAGUACUAUCAUCACUGGUUGCGCUCUUUAACAAGAAUGAGUCAAAGGCCAAUGUUCUUUGUAUCAUUGAAAUAUUUGAGAAUAUAAAUUUCCAAUUCAAAAAAAGGGCAAAGCUGUUUACUAAGGAAAAGUUCACUAAAUCUGAACUUAUUUCCAUAUUCCAGGAAGCAAAAGGGUUUGGUCAGAAACUCCAAGACUUAGCAGAGCACAGUGAUCCUGAGGUGAGAGAUAAAGUUAUACGAUUAAUACUCAAACUCUGAAUAGUCAUAUGUUUUCACAAAGCCUUGAACAUAUUUUUUUGCUUUUGGAAUAUGAAACCAAUGCAUAUUAUAAUUAUAAAUUCAAUACUUAUGUUCUCUGUGUUGAUUGUUGCAGUUUUAAGGAUACCAGCUAAUCUUGCAGGCUUGAACAUUUGCUUAUUUUUAUUGUGCUAUAAAAUAUAAAUUGAGAUAUUUUUAGUAUUU